UCAAGGAAAUGAGAGCACAGAUUCAGAUGAUAGUACUGCAACUUCUGAUACUAAAGCUUGCAUCACUAAUCAAAGAAAAUUCAUUGUUUUUGAAAAUCAACUUGACCAACUCUUUGCUAGACUCAAAUGUGAUGAGUGUAACUGUCCAAUAGAUUUGUCAGACACUAAAAAAGAUUGUUCAUCUGGUACCAUCAUGAGAGUUUCUGUGUUCUGUACCAGUGGGCAUCUUGUCUAUAAGUGGUUAUCCCAACCUCUCAUAGGCAACAUGCCAGCUGACAACUUACUAGUCACUGCUGCUACAAUGUUAUGUGGUCAAACCUACACACACAUAGCCUAAUUUGCUGAGGAUAUGAAUUAAAAAUUUAUUGGAAGUUCAACUUACUACACCAUACAACGAGAAAUUCUUAUGCCAGUUAUUGCACAUACAUGGACGGUAAUACAGGGAAAAUUAUUAGACAAAGUCAAAGCUUCAAAUAGGCCACUAAGGCUUGCAGGAGAUGGUAGGCGUGAUUCGCCUGGUUUCAAUGCCAAAUACUGCACAUAUUCAUUACUUGACAUUGAAACACAACACAUAUUGGCUUUUGUCACUAUCAAAGUUACUGAAACUGGGAGUUCCUCUAAGAUGGAGGUGGAGGGUUUCCGUCGAUGUAUGGAGUAUCUUUUAGACAAAGGUUUUCAAAUUACUGUUCUUGCAACUGAUAGACAUGUCCAGAUAAGAAGUGUGAUGAACAAACAAUAUCCUGAAACUGAACACCAGUUUGAUGUAUGGCAUUCGGCAAAAAAUGUCCGCAAGAAACUCCAACAAAAAUCCAAACUGAGGGGAGCUGAAGACCUUGCACCAUGGAUUAAGGCUAUAUGCAAUCACCUAUGGUGGUGUACUAGCAAUUGUAACGGUGAUAAGGAAUGGUUAGAGGAAAGUUGGGUUUCCAUCGUUCAUCAUGUGAUAAACAAGCACACUUUUGAGGGCAAGACCGUCAGUUCCUGUGCACAUGAAGAAAUAACACCAGAUAUAGCUGAGAAAAAAAGGUUGCUUGUGAGAGAUUCGAAAGCACACAAUGCUUUGAAAGAAGUUAUCCUUAAUAAACGGUUAAGGAAAGACAUUAAACAUUUAAGUGAGUUCUGCCACACUGGAAAUUGGGAGGUAUACCAUAGUUUACUUUUAAAAUAUGUUCCAAAACGACAAGAAUUUGACUUUGACCAGAUGAAUGCUAGAACGUCGCUUGCAGUAAUUGACCACAAUAUGUCACAAAACCGUGGGAGAAAAUUGACGGACAAGGACAAGAAGUGUUCAAAACAGUGUACUCAAAGAUAACGGGAAAAUGGGUAGCUAAACCAGUGUAUAACACUAAGAGGAGAUGAUCUUUCCUAAAAUUGACACCAAAAAUCAGGGCAGUAUUGCACCUGUUCCUGCACCGGAAAAGGCUGAACUAGUUCAAAAUCUUAUUUCAAGAUUUAACAAAGUUUGUGAUUGAAUGUGAAUCACAAAUAAAUAAAUGAGUCAAAUUAGAGCAAAUAUUUUUUAAUUGAAAUCAAAAAAUUAAUCCAUCAGUACUGUACAUAAUAAAUAUAUAUAUUAGAACAAAUGUGAACUAUUGUCAAAUACUGUUCUAAAACCUGUGUAAUGUCCAUUUGGCUCGGGAAAUGCUUCACGAAUGCAUUUCACCACACACGAUGGAAUAACUACUCUCUUUCCUUUUCCAAGUUUUUCUCCUCUCAGCUCCAACAUACAAACUGUCUGUAGGCCGUCAACCUCGACUGC